AUGGACUUGGGCCUCUUCAUGCGAUCGCCGCGAGUGAUCCAGCGGCGGAGAGCACCGAUCAGCAGAGAACGUUUGCUUGAGAUCGACACUGACACCUACUUUUCCUUCUCAUCGAUAGGCGCAGACUCAGGCGCAUCAGACGCUGCCACAGCCUCCCAAAUUGACCAGCACGAUUCGCAACGGCGGAACCGUCGAUCAACCACUGCCGGAGGAGGCGCGCCGUCCGCUUCCACCUACACUUCACCAGACGCUGCGAUUGAUCCUCUGUCACAGCAUAUCAUUCAGCGAACGAACACGCAAAAGUCUAUCCCUCACAAGUUGCUGGGUCGGGCCUCAUCCGAGGCCGAAGCAGGAAGCCAUGGCGGUAAUACCUCAAAAUCAGGUGGUCUUCAGGGUCAGUCUGGUUCAAUUUUGAAUGACCCCAAAACGAAAAAGGGGGGUUUCCGCAACUUUAGGAAAGGAGCUUCCUUAUUGAGCCGCCUAAUCCCUGGAAAGAAGAAGAAGAAGAAACAGAACCAGGCUCCAGGGGCAGCAGAAGAGGAGGAGGCCAGUGAGCCUGAUACCCCGCGAAUAUCAAUCGACAAGCUGAGCCCCAUCGGGCUCGUCCCUCAGCAUCCAGGACCGGCAAAGUACAUUCGAAAUCGAACGUACGGCAAAAAAGAGAAGGAGUUUAAUCGAGUCUUUCUGGCUCAGGAGUUGUUUGUCGGUGGGAAUACGUCUCCCCAGACCGCGGAUCGACGAAAGUCAUCUUCCUCAAGCAGCCCCAAGGAUCCCCAAGCCGGUGGUGCUAUCUGGGCUUUGUCGUUUUCAAAGGAUGGGAAGUAUCUGGCUGCUGCUGGGCAAGACCAAAAGGUCCGAGUGUGGGCAGUGAUUUCCACCCCCGAGGAGCGAGGAGAUGUUCGUCACCGGGAAGAGCCAACGCGGCCCACUGAUCAGCCACCACAUUUUCAAGCACCUGUAUUCCACCCCCUUCCUUCUAGAGUGUUUGAAGGACAUACAGGAACUGUAGUAGACUUGAGCUGGAGUAAGAACAACUUUUUACUUUCCUCUUCCAUGGAUAAGACGGUCCGAUUGUGGCAUAUCAGUCGGAACGAAUGUCUCUGCACCUUUCUACACACGGAUUUCGUCACAUCUGUUCAGUUUCACCCCAAAGAUGAUCGAUUUUUCUUGGCUGGCUCGCUUGACGCUAAGCUGCGCCUUUGGAGCAUACCAGAUAAAAACAUCGCAUUCGUCGCCACAGUACCUGAUAUGAUCACCGCGGUAUCGUUCACACCAGACGGGCGGUACGCCAUAGCAGGGUGCUCAAAUGGACUUAUUAGUAUUCACGACACAGAAGGGUUGAAACCGAGAGGCCAGAUUCACAGUCGGUCACUUCGAGGGCGCAGUUCACGAGGGAACAAGAUCACCGGCAUUGAUACGUUGGUUGAUCCUGUAGAUGAUCCUCAUGGCGAGAUCAAGCUCCUAGUGACGAGCAACGAUUCUCGCAUUCGGCUAUACAACUUUCACGAGCGAAACGUCGAAGCCAAGUUCCGCGGGAACGAGAAUACCUGCAGUCAGAUUCGAGCCAGUUUCACAGAUGACGGCAGGCAUGUCAUUUGUGGAAGCGAGGAUCGCAAAGCAUACAUUUGGCCCGUUGAGGGCAGACAGAAUGACGACGAUAAAAAGGCGGUUGAAGUGCUGGAUACGCACUCCUCAAUCGUGACUGUCGCUAUUGCGGCCCCGACUUCGACUCGACAAAUUCUGGAUUUGACCGAUGACCCCAUCUAUGACAUGUGCAAUCCAACGCCAGUGACCUUGGAGGGCGUUGAUGAGCAUUCACAGCAGUCUCGCCUUCAAUCACACGCAUCACCAGAAGAAUCUUUAAGCAGUGACGGUGGACGUCGGUCGUCCGAGGCCCGAAUCGCCCUGAAUAGGAAAGAGGCCUAUGAGUCGUCUAGCUAUGCCGCCCGCUUCGGAAAUUGUGCAGGGCACAUCAUUGUGACCGCGGAUUACUCUGGCAAAAUCAAGGUCCUGCGACAAGACUGCGCGUAUCAGAAACGGCGGCACGAAAAUUGGAGCGCCACUUUCGCCAUUUCACGUCGGAUUCUGCGCCGGUCGAAUUCUCCUCGCAACAGCGUCGCGUCCGGUGGCGGCAAAGACUCGACUCACAAGACCACAUCUGACCGCAUUCUAUCCUGGCGCGAUUCCGUCGCUGGUCACGGCCGUAAAAGUAAUGACGGCUCACGCCAAGGCUCCCGCACAUCAUCUCCACACCCUCGCCGUCGUCCAAAUCUACUACCAAGGUUGUCGUCUCGGCCUUUCAGCUUAGCGCCUGAGGAGUCUCGCUCAGUCAUGACACCUUCUGCGCCCCCUUCGCCAAAAGAAAAGACCCAGGAUCUCGACAGGCAAGGCGACCCUCCCCUCAUUCAUGAACCGUCAAAAGAAAACCCAGAGCCCUAUGAAAAGCCCGUCAGCUCUCGUGAAUUUCUUGCAAACAACUUUUCCAAGGAGAACCCUCUCUGCUUGCAGGGUGACCACAGCUACGCAUUCUGGAACAAGAUCACACAAGGCGCCCUGGCCAUCAAAGAACGCCAGUCAAACAAGCUUCAAGUCCCGAGUCGAAUGACUUCCCGCAGUGAGCGCAGUGGAAGUGUUGCGACGAGUCAUCUGAGCAGCGAAAAUGCUUCCUCAAUAGCAGGGGAGGAAGACAUUUUGCGGUGUCAGCAAUGCCAAGGGUCGAACUUUCGGGCUGUGAAAGCGAGAGAUGGUGGCCAGAGGUUGAUAUGUGCGCAGUGUAAUUUGGCUAUCGAGUGA